AUGUCUGCUAGCGAGAUAACAACCAAGAAACCGCUCAAGUCGAUUCUGAUUCGCCAUUCCUCACCAAAUUCUUUGAAGCUUUACGUGACCCAGUCCAUCAGCCCGGUCCAGAUUGACGGGCGCAAGACAAGGAAGCCGAAGAGCUCGCUCAUCUCGACCUUCAACCCGAUCUUCCACUUCUUCUCUCCGCCGCACAAGUCAGCUAUUCCUAGCGUGCCCAAGGAAGAGCCACAGCCAAUCUCUGUGGCCAGGGCACUGGCUAUAAUCAUCAUCUGUGUGACUGCUUUCGUCGUUAGCAAUGCUACCUCAUUGUCAUUGAACCUCUUGAUCCCGAGCAUCCAGCGAGAACUAGAUAUUGAAGCGAGUGAUUUGCAAUGGAUCUCGAGUGGAUUCCCGCUUGGCUUCGGUAGCUGUUUGCUGUUGUUCGGGAGGCUAGCUGAUGUGUACGGUCACAAACGCUUCAUUCAACUGGGUACGAGUUUUUACGCCUUGGCUUCUCUCGGCUGUGCGCUUUCGCGUACCCAUGUCCAGCUCUCAGUCCUACGAGUAUUCCAAGGACUUGGGGCUGCAGCCACUGCACCCUCGCUCAUCGGCGUCCUGGGAAACCACCUCGAGCCCGAAUCCACCCUCAAGCGUGUCGGCUUUGCCUGUCUUAGCGCCGGUGCGCCAUUGGGAGGCACCUUCGGCCUACUCGUCGGCGGGUUCAUCACCCAAGGGACUGGUCCUGGUUGGAGAUCCUUCUUCUAUCUCUGCGCUGCCUCGGCGAUAGGUGUAUGUGUAUCCGCCACUCUGAUCAUCCCAAAGGACAAGCAGAGGGUAAAUAAAGAAGGAAGUAUCGAUUGGUUAGGAGGAAUCCUGAUCAUCACGGGCCUGAGCUUACUCACCUUCGCGCUUGGAAUCAGCUCUCGGGAAGGGUGGACCAGAGUAGUCGUGCUGCUGCCGUUCAUCUGCGCAGUGAUAAUCCUAGCAAGCUUCGUUUUCUGGCAGAAGGUCCUCGAAGACCGCAUGACUGAGUCCCUCAAAGCUGGCGAUGGUUGGAACAAGCCUACCGAACCUAUCUUGAAACUCGACUUGUUCAGACGAGAUCAUCACCAGUUCUCCAUCGUACUCUCGGUCGUUUGCUUGCUUUGGUUCGGCUUCGUAAUCCAAAACUUCUUCUUCCAUCAAUACCUCCAAGAUUUUUUGGGAUUAGACUUAACGCAAUCCGUAAUCCGAUUUAUUCCAAUGCUUGUGCUGGGACUGUUGUUAAACAUCGCCUUCGGCUUCUUGUCCCACAUCAUCCCGGCCCAGCUCUUGAUGGUCUUGGGCUGUAUCGGCACUGCCACAAGCUGUUUGCUGUCGGCGCUGAUGGACACCUCGGCCAGUUAUUGGACCUACAACUUUGCCUCGGUUGCUCUAUCUGUUGUCGGACCUGACUUUGUAUUUGCCACAGGGACAAUGUACGGCAGUCAGAUCUCGAGCCAAUCGGAACAAGCCGUCACGGGUGGAGUCUUCCACACUUUUGCACAAAUGGGAAAUGCCAUUGGAUUGAGUCUAGCCACUUUGCUACAAGUUCAAGUCACAAGAUCCAGAGCGCGAGAAGAAGGGAUGAUUGUCAGAGAUGAUCUGACCGUGGCAAGUCCUGGAGCUUUUUUGGAAGGUUUAAGGGCAGGCUUCUGGCUCUGUUUUGGCGCUUUAUGUUUGGCAACUUUGCUUUCCCUCGUUUUUCUGCGCAAGUUGAAGCUACUUGGAAAGAAAAAGACGGUCGACUCAUCGAGCUCAUCGAUCGAAGAAAAGGGCGAACAAAAAAUCGAAAGACGAGGCAGUGAAACUAGUACCAUCGAGUCUCCGUGA